CAACCACUCCAUUGCAGGUACAAUAGCAUCAAUUGACCAUAACAGAAAAGAAAACAGCACUAGAAGAAGAAAGGCUUGAAAAAGACGAGACACAACCAACAAAACCAAAUGAAAAUGAGUCCACUCCACGUUCCAUAUAACACACCAUGACCUGGCUGGCUCAGCUGGCUGCUCCUCCUCCUCCUCCUCCUCCUCCUAUAACCCCAACCCCCUCUUUCUUUUUGUCUCUCUCUCUUUUCAUCUGCUCUCUUCAGAACUUCAAACUCUAAAUUAUUUUUCUAAUCAGAAAAAUCUGAGAAAACAAAGAUCCCUUUUUUAAUUUACUUAGAUCUUUUUCAAGGGUUUGUCUUUUGAGGGUUUGAAACCCAGAAAAAUAAUAAUUAGUUGCUCAUAUGAAAUGAGAAGAAGAAAUAAACAAAAAGAAGAAGAAGAAGAAGAAGAAAAUGGGUGGAGUAACUUCAUCAAUAGCAGCUAAAUUUGCUUUUUUCCCCCCAACUCCAUCUUCAUAUACUGUUAUUACAGAAGAAAUUACAUCAUCUUCUUCUUCAUCAACAGCAGCGGGUGGUGAUGAUGCGGCUAAGAGUAAGAAGACCCUUUUUGUGAUACCUGAAGUACCAAAAAGGGAUAACGUUGAUGUGUUGAAACUGAAGACUAGAAGAGGGAAUGAAAUCGUAGCCGUUUAUUUUAAGCAUCCAAAGGCUACUGCUACUCUUCUUUAUUCUCAUGGAAAUGCUGCAGACUUAGGUCAAAUGUUUGAGCUUUUUGUUGAAUUAAGUCUUCGUCUCAGAAUCAAUCUAUUGGGGUACGACUACUCUGGAUAUGGACAAUCGACCGGAAAGCCAAGUGAAUCUAACACGUAUGCAGACAUUGAGGCAGCAUAUAAAUGCGUCAAAGAGCAGUAUGGAGCGAAAGAUGAGGAAAUAAUUUUAUAUGGUCAGUCUGUUGGAAGUGGUCCAACGCUAGAUCUGGCUUCUCACUUGCCAAACUUAAGAGCUGUAGUUCUACAUAGUCCAAUUCUCUCUGGUUUGAGAGUUUUGUACCCUGUAAAACGAACAUACUGGUUUGACAUUUACAAGAAUAUUGACAAAAUACUUUUGGUGAGCUGUCCAGUUCUAGUAAUUCACCGGAUCAAGUUGUUGAUUGUGCUCAUGGUAAGCAGCUUUGGGAGCUUAGUAAGGAGAAGUACGAACCACUGUGGGUAAGUGGAGGUGGCCAUUGCAAUCUUGAACUAUACCCAGAAUAUAUUAAGCACAUGAAGAAAUUUGUAUCAGCCAUUGGCAAGUCAAAGGCUUCGUCUACUAGCAGUUCCAAAACCACAAAAAAGGAAACGACUAGUGAGCAGACUAAACUUUUGGAGAGUGCAAAAUCUGAGUUAUCUGAAGUUGUGUCUGACCAGCCACCAGAAGAGGCCUCAAGAAACAGUUUAGAUAGCCGACUUGAGAAAUCUAAGAAGCCAAGCAAAACUGAAAAAUCACGGAUGAGUGUUGACAGGUACAGAAGAAGAAAGGGCUUGGUGUGGUGACAACAAAAACGCAAACCAAUUCACGUAGGAUAUGAGCUAAGAAAAGGUACUAAUUUCAUGCUUUCCACUGUGUCCCCUCGCAACGUUGCAACACUUCAUAGGAAGGCUAGAAAAGAUUUUAAUGAUGAUAAUCCGUGGUCUUGAAUUUCGAACUUUGGGGAUAAAAUAGUUAAAAUUCCAGUACCAUGAAACUGUAUUUGUGACCACUAUGCACUCGAAAUCAUAUGUAUGUAUUUUUGUCUGAGUGAGUUGAAUUAAAUGGAAACAGAAUCAUUUGCUUUCCUGGAAACCUGAACUUGUAUUUUUUAGAAACCUCUCUAGUUAAUCAAGAAGAGCUUGUUAUUUUUUCUA